AUGGAGGUAUGGCGCGGAAGUGUUUACAAGCUGAUUUGGCCAGAUACCCUGGUUUACUGUUUCCUUUACUUCAUUUGCUCCUUGGUCUACCGAUUUGGUUUGGAUGAACAGCAGAGAAGAACCUUCGAGCAACUCUCCCUCUACUGCGACUACUUCAGGAACCUCAUUCCAAUCUUCUUCGUUCUGGGCUUCUACGUCAGCAUCAUUGUCCAGCGAUGGUGGGAACAGUACCGGAAUAUUCCUCGGCCUGACUUCUUCCCCAUACUCUGCACGUCCUACAUCAGAGGCAGGGAUGGCCCACCAAAGCUCCUAAGGUCAACUUUGCUCCGAUACGUCAACUUGACCAUUGCAAUGGUAUUCAGCAGGAUUUCUGGAAAGGUCAGGAAGAAACUGCCAAACUUGAAGUCUAUCUUAGAUGCAGGGUACAUGACUGUUGAAGAAAUGCACAUCCUGGAAAAACAAGCGGAAACAUUCAACGUCCCCUUGGUCUAUGUUCCUCUCAUGUGGUGUUCUAUGCUGUUGGAGAAGGGCCGCACUCAGGGCUACAUCAUGCACGACUUUGACAUGCAGCAGCUUUUGGGAGAGCUGGUGCAAAUACGAGGAAAUUGCGGGAAAUUGAUGAGGUGGACUGUCAUCAGCAUCCCUCUGGUGUACACCCAAGUAGCAACCAUGGCUGUCUACUUAUUCUUCUUCUUCUCCAUUCUGGGCCGUCAGUUCCUGGACCCAGCGCAAGGUUACGAUAACAGAACGAUUGAUUUCUUUGUCCCCAUCUUCACUCUGCUGCAGUUUUUCUUCUACAUGGGAUGGCUCAAAGUUGCCGAGUCUCUUGUCAAUCCUUUUGGCGAAGAUGACGAUGAUUUUGAUAUGGAUCAGCUCUUGGAGAGAUACACUGAGAUGUCAUACCUGUUGGGUUACGUCACCCCAACAGAAAUUCCCUCAAUGGUACAAGACCUAAACAACAUGGUGCUGCUGGAAGCCAGUCAACCAGUAGAUAAAGGCAACGGAGGGGCGGGAGGCUACCAGAAGCACAGUGAGUGUUCCAUCCCGAACUCCUGCUCCAUCAAGUUAGGCAUCAACGGGAAAUUACCCAAAACAGCCACCCUUCAACCAAGAAGAAGCUCCACAUCCAGCAGUCAUCAAAUGAAGCCAACGACACUGCUAACCACCCCCUCAGGCACCUUGAAACCGACUGCCACUGCCACUAGGAUGCCUGGCUCGUCGCCCAGCAUCGAGGUGCUCAACAAUAUCCAGCAACCAUCUAUGGGGUCCGUUUUGACACCAGAGGUGGCGUCUGCUGGUACCAGUUCCAGCAUAGAGGACCCUAGUCACUCUUUCGAUUUUCUCUGGGAACAGAUGGAAGUGGGCAAUACUUCAGACGACCAGAAUUCUGCCCGAGACAACACCCCUAUUCUAAGUGGGAGCUCUGGUCAUCUUGAAGCCAGCUCCCCCACAGUCACCUUGGCGAUGACGCUAACGGAAGAGGCGACCGUCACCUGCAGAUUCCCCGAAAUGCAGUCCAACUCAGGUCAUCCUGGAUCUGAUACGAUAAGGCCAGGUCAUCACAAAAGCUUGAGAAUCAUGCCAGGUCACGCUGGAGUUGGCAAAUUCGCAAAACCUUUGGGUGUGGAGGGUCAUACGAACCCAUCUUACGAGGACUAAAGACCAGAUUCCUGACGUUUGACGGAAGAAGCCAUCUCACUUGCUUCCGAAGGGGAUGAUGAUCUCACGAAGCCAACGGCAGAGACUUCAGCCUCUUCGUCAAAAGUAUAUGCUAGUUCUGUUUACUUGAAGUCACCUUAAUUCCCGUCUCCUUCAACUGAGGGCGUGAAGUACUUUUAUGCAGUGACAAGUGUCGUGUACAUAUAUAGAGUUUGAAAUUGUUAUAUCAUCACAAAUGUUGAUAAAUCUUAAGGAUAUUCCAGGAGACGUAUUGUCACUCGCUGUUCUAUACACUGUUUAGGCUAACGUAGUGCCUUUUCGAAGUAUUACUUCCUUAGAUAUUACAAAUGAAUCUUAUCUAAACUUGGUAAGCCAAGCUGUGAAAAGAAGGAAAACAUAUGGAAACAGAAAGAAAGUAUUAAUUCUUUAUGAACAAAUUACUAGAUGCUGCUGCUAUGUAUUCAGCUCGGAGAUAGAAAGGUUUAUUACGAACCUAACUGUGGCCAUUUAUAAAGCAGGACGCAGGUGCAAUUUUGUGAAAAUGUAAGAAGGGUUAACGAAAUACUUAUACUCAAACUUAUCAACUCAGUAAUAGAGCGCCUCAUUGGCGUGAUUGGUAUGGUCUUUGCCUGUCACUUCGGUGGCCGCGAGUUCGAUUCUCGGCCAUCCACUGAGGGAUUAGAGAUGUGUAUUUCUGGCCAACACUCAGAAGCCCAGAAGAGGGACCAUCUUCCGAAAAAAGGUUCCAUCUCUCCCUUCAGUUUCCUUCGUGGGGUGGUGACGAUCGAGUCAGGUGAAUUAACUGAUUUUAACGUGUUACUGUAUAUAUAAGAUUAUACGAGUGAAUUAUAUUUGCACAUGACGUAGCAAUGGUUUCGGACGAAGUGAACCUCCAUGUAAAGUUAUCUAAACAAUUUUUUUUUUUCGUUAUAUCCCAAGUUUUAUUUUUGUUAGGAUGAUUUCUUAAGAGCGCUCAAAUGAAAGACCUGGGGUGCUUCUGUCCAAGAGCCCCCGGUCCUGACGAUUGUUACUGCAGAUAGAGACUGGGUGUUGAGGAUUUUGUUUUAUUUUUUCAUUUAUUGAUUUUAUUUCAUUUAUUUUUGUCAUGCUUCUUAUGAUACACUAGACAUAUCAGGAUAGGUGAAGCGUCCUCGCGCUAAUCUCAUUCCAUGUGAAUUGGGAUAAUUUUGUGAGUCGUGAAAGGCUCCUUUGGUGGUACUUGGUUUAGAUGCUGCUAUGUGAAAGAAAAUCAGCUAUAGAAAUCUAUAUUAUUUCACAAAGGGGCCUACGUAUACAUAUAUAGGUUUCCCAUCUUUCUGUGGUUUUGUUACAAAGCUAGAUUAAUGAUAUAAUUGUUUUAUACGUAAUGUCUUAUGGUGGGGGAUUUUAUUAUUAUAAUUAUCAUGUGAAAGUUUUACAAUUAUUGAUAAUUAUCUCUUCUACCAAAGAGGACAUAUAUGCCUUACCUUACACCUUACAGACCUUACAGUUCGUUCGGGUUGCCCCAGGUCCCUCAGUGUGAGGCACCUCUAAUGUCUACCAGAGAGUUGCUAGUACAUCUUCCGGUAUAUUUUGCAUCUUCCAAUCUUGGAUGGUCUGGGAUGCAGUUUAGAUAUUUGUCGAGCUUAUUCUUAAACACAUCUACGCUCACUCCUGAUAUAUUCCUCAGAUGAGCUGGCAACGCAUUGAG